AUGGACUCAAAGGCUGAGAACACCAAAUCAUCCGCGGCCAGCUUCCGCGCCUUUAUCGAAGAGUUGGCCGAAGAGAACGACCUGCUAAGCAUCACAAAAGAGGUCGAUCCUCAUCUGGAGCUAGCAGCCAUCACACGAAAGGUCUACGAAACCAGAGACAAGGCCCCUCUCUUUCAAUGCGUCAAGGGUCGCACCGAAAAUGGUCUCUUUCGUGUUCUUGGUGCGCCGGUCGGAGCGAGCAAGCUUCCUGGCAAGCGUUUCAUCCGCAUCGCGAAGUCAUUGGGGCUACCGUCUACAUCGAGUGGACGAGACAUCAUCGAAGCAAUCAACCAAGCAAGAAGGCUCCUGCCCAUCCCCCCAGUCGAGUUCGAAACUGGCUCCGUAAAAGAAUUCAACAUCGCCGGAGAAGAUAUUGACCUCGAAAGCCUUCCAAUCCCCAUGCUACAUGAGGCUGAUGGUGGUCGUUAUCUUCAGACCUUUGGCAUGUUCAUUGUGCAGAGCCCCGACGGGGCGUGGGUCAACUGGUCCAUUACCCGCGGCAUGGUCAAUGGGAAACGGACGAUGGUCUGCCCGACAAUGUCCGCGCAAGACAUUGGUCGUAUCCGCAAUACGUGGCUAGAAAAGGGCGAGGACAUGCCCUUUGCCCUGUGUUUCGGGGUACCGCCUGCCGCCAUCAUAGUGAGCGGGAUGCCCAUUCCGAAGGGUGUGAAUGAGAGCGGUUUUGUAGGCGCCCUGAUCGGCAAGCCAGUGGAGGUCACCAAGUGUGAGACUAGCGAGAUUCGGAUCCCCCGCGAUGCCGAAUUGGUUCUUGAGGGUCUUGUCUCCGCGACGGAGACGGCGAACGAGGGGCCUUUUGUCGAGUAUCAUGGUCAUGCCUUUCAAGGAGUGCCUAAACCUGCCCCUGUCUUCCGAGUUGAUGCCAUCACAUACCGAAAGGAUCCCAUUUUGCCAAUCUGCGUCACGGGACGGGCGACAGAGGAGAGCGAAACAGUGUGGGCUCUGACUCAGGCGGCCGAGGUGCUCAACAUUUGCCAAGCCGCCGGCCUUCCCAUCAAGAUGGUCUGGAGCCCGUUUGAAUCUCACUGCCUCUGGUUCGCUCUACAGGUAGACUGGGCCGCGCUUCGUGCCCUGAGGACCGAUAUGGAGGAAUUUUGUACAAAGGUAGGCACAAUCGUCUUCGCCUCGAAGCCAGGCUUCUACAUCCCUAAAGUGUACCUGGUCGGAGAGGACAUCGACCCAACUGAUCUUAACGACGUGAUCUGGGCCGAAGCCACCAGGUGCCAGCCUAAGGUGAACGAAUUUUUCUUCGACGAGUAUGGGAAUAUCCCGUUGAUUCCAUAUGUCGGUCGGGGACUCAGGAAGGGGAGAAAUCAUUUCAAGGUUGUACGAUGUUGCAUGUUCCCUGAAGAGUUCACAGAAGCUAAAGAGAAUUGGAAAUCGGCGUCUUUCCGAGGUUCUUACCCCCAAGAUAUCCAGGAUAAGGUCGACAGCCGGUGGAAAUCCUAUGGGUUUUAA